GUCCCGCUUCGUUUUGAGAGCGCUCUAUUGCCGCGACCCCGCAGUCCCGCUUGGCCUCGUCGCAGAUCUUCCUUCUGGAUCGUCCUGAUCGCCGCCUCGCUGUCCGCACACCAUGAGCCCAACAAUAUAUAUCCGAAUCAAGCGCCAUAGAACGACCUGGUUCCUUGAAGCGAACCCGUCGGACUCGGUCGUGGCCGUCAAGACCCGGUUUGCGGCUCUGCUCCUCGAGAAAACGGACCCUCGCGAUGUUCGGUUUUCGAUCCACAACUCACAGACAAACGUCUACACCCCUCUCGAGGACGGCAGCAUGCUCGAUCAACUCGGCCUCAAGAACGAGUCGGUUCUCUUUGCGACGUUCUGGAUCUCGAACGAAGCCAACGCUGCAGAGGGCAAGUGGGAGAUUCCAGAAGUUCCUGAGUUCGAGCCACUUCACGACGACGAGCCGGCCGACCUCAAGGGCAAGGCCGUCGCAUAGAUCUCGUCGCACCGGUCUUCAUCAGCACAGCCACCAGGGAUCACAGAUCGCCAGCACUCGGCAGCUGCCGAAAGCGAUGGCUGGAUUUGUCGCAGAGAUGCCUUGAUGCCUGGCGCCUACCGCCUGCUCGUGGAAAUAAACUGCUUGCGAGUCGUUUGUA